CUCAUUUGCAUAGGCCGGUAUCAGGCUUUCACAAACUAGAAACGAAUGAUUUUAAGUAAGUUCUUUAGGAUACUAUUUUUCCUAGUGAAAGUUACGGUGUGCCUUGUUACUUAUACACUGGUAGGAACAAGAAAAACGCCACUCUGAGCUCACCCUCACCAACAGUGGAGUUCAUGCAUAUCCCAGGUUCUAUCUAGGGCUAGAUUUCGCAGUGUUACAGCUCUUUUAGAAUUUGUCUAGCAGGUUUUCUGGUCUUUACCGGAAAACCCCCUACCACGCGAGUUGUUUCUAACAAUAGAGUUAUUUGUUUUCGGUUGCAACUGCUUUGUUUUUUUUAGCGUUGGUUUAUUUUUGUAUGAGUUGUGUGGAUGCAGCAUCGUGCUGACUUGUGAACUACGUUUCGAGGCUUCCGGCUACGACUGAUACUGCUUCCCCUCCGUCCCCAUUGGCGUUGGGACGGGCUACAUAGGUGGUGGCUCUGUUGUCUCUGAGCCUUUUUUUUUCGUUCGCUCUGCUGCACGUGCAGCUUCUGUCGCCAUAUGACGUCCGCCACGGCCCAGUCCGCGGCCCUGAGCGCUGAACAGGCGAAGGUAGUCCUGGCGGAGGUGAUCCAGGCGUUCUCGGCUCCGGAGAACGCCGUGCGCAUGGACGAGGCUCGGGACAACGCGUGUAACGACAUGGGCAAGAUGCUGCAGUUCGUGCUGCCUGUGGCAACGCAGAUCCAGCAGGAGGUUAUCAAAGCCUAUGGCUUCAGCUGCGACGGGGAAGGUGUCCUUAAAUUUGCCCGCUUGGUCAAGUCCUAUGAAGCCCAGGAUCCUGAGAUUGCCAGCCUGUCAGGGAAGCUGAAGGCACUGUUCCUACCGCCCAUGACACUGCCACCCCAUGGGCCUGCUUCUGGUGGCAGCGUGGCUGCCUCCUGAGAGUUGGCCUUCCCCUGUGCUAUUGCCAGGGAAGGGAAGACCUUGAUGUUCCAGAAGAUAAUAAAUGUGCCUGUGGCUUA